GAACAGACAUCAAAACAAGCGAAUUGGCAGAAAGGGUGUUGCUUUUUGCUACUACUUGAACUGGUGUGAGGUUGACUCUUGAAUACCAUCAUCAUAAAAAAUGAUCCAAAAUACUUUAACACGCUGCUGGAAUUUGCCGAGGUGCAAGCAAGCUGGUUGUCGAAAAGAUGAUGCAGAAAAGACCAGAACUUUCUUCAAUUCACAGUAAUCUGGAGAAAAACAAAAUAGUGGCUUCGCCCGGACUCGAACCGGAGACCUUCAGUGUGUUAGACUGACGUGAUAACCAACUACACCACGAAACCUUCUUGCCUACAGAUCCAAAAUUAUACAAUUUACCAGCCAUUACCUACGUUAAGAUUGUAUACGUGGCUGAUUAUACCUUAAAUCAACGGCAAUUAGCUACUUGAUUAUGUAAAAAGCAAAAGCUUAGUUGUCAAAGUUGACAAACUAUUAACCCUUAUCCCAUUAGCUGCUUUUUUUUUCUUCUUCAUUCCUCCCUUUCUACGCUUUUCAAUUCAAUUACAAUCUUCACUUAAAUUUUCCCCCUAAAUUCUCUAUUUUCAAUCCCCUUAACAGAUUAGGAUUUCAUUAUGAUCCUCUUUUUGGGAUUUUAGGGACUUGAGGUUUAGGGUUUAAAUUUGUUUGCCUGCCCUAAUUAGUCUAGCUACAUGCGUUUCAAUACUGAGUUCUUUUUUGUGUGGUUAAUUACUUGAAUUGUUUGGAAAUGGGGGUUCAAGGUUUUGCUUUAAUGUUGCUGAAAGUUGAGUUCUUUCAACGCCAACUCCGAUUUGGAAGGGUUGUUGAUUCAUAUUCAGUAGCAUGUGAAGCAUUUUCUGAACCCUUUCUUUGAUUUCAGUUAGUUCUUCCUAUUUGCGUGUAAAUAUUUUUGGCCUUUUUUUUGUGUGGUCGUUGAGAGAUGAAUUCCGAUAUAUCAUGGUUUGACAAAGUUAAAUUUGAUGAGGCUGAGGUUGUUGAAGUAUCACCAGACAAGAGAUACAUUCGGUAUAAUGAAAUCUUGGGAAGUGGAGCAUUUAAGACUGUCUAUAAGGCGUUCGACAAAAUUGACGGAAUAGAAGUUGCUUGGAAUCAAAUUUGCAUAGAUGAUGCUUUGCAGUCACCUCAACAUUUGGAGAGGAUAUAUUCGGAGGUUCAUUUGUUGAGAAUGUUGAAGCAUGAAAACAUUAUAAAAUUGUAUUCCUCCUGGGUGGACGAUGUGAACAAAAGCAUUAAUAUGAUCACUGAAUUAUUUAGUUCAGGGAGCUUAAGGCAAUAUCGGAGGAAGCACAAGACUGUUGACACAAAAGCCAUUAAAAAUUGGGCUAGACAAAUUCUCCAAGGUUUACAUUAUCUCCAUAGUCACAAUCCACCAGUUAUACAUAGAGACUUGAAAUGUGACAAUAUAUUUAUCAAUGGAAAUAAUGGAGAAGUUAAACUUGGAGAUCUUGGACUGGCAACAAUUAUGGAGCAGCCUACUGCUCGAAGUGUUAUUGGUACCCCUGAAUUUAUGGCACCAGAGCUAUAUGAUGAAGAAUAUAAUGAACUUGUUGACAUUUAUUCUUUUGGCAUGUGUAUCUUGGAGCUAAUAACAUGUGAAUAUCCAUAUAAUGAGUGUAGAAAUCAAGCACAAAUUUAUAAAAAAGUCACGUCGGGAAUAAAGCCAGCUUCUUUAGCGAAAGUAACAGAUCCUCAUGUAAAACUAUUUGUGGAGAAAUGUUUGGCCCCGGUAUCCAUAAGAUUGAGUGCAGUUGAACUUUUGGAAGACCCAUUUCUUUCAUCUGAAAGCUUGAUUACCCCCAUAGGUGAUCAUUUUCAGCCCUCAAAUGUUGUGUCUGAAGCACAAAGUCUGGCAAAGUCAAUUUUCAUGGACGUAGACCUUGCACAGAAGUUACAGAGUGACAUGUGCAUAGAAAACAAGACCAGAUCUUCUCAGUUUUCUAAUCUAGACUUCGUGAAACGUAAUGAAAGAAACGAAUUUAGGUUACACGGUGAUAAGCAUGAUGACCAUUCAAUUGCAUUCUCACUGCGAAUUGCUGAGUUGACUGGUCGGAUCAGGCAUGUGCACUUUGUAUUUUGUAUUGAUGUUGACACCGUGAUGUCAAUAGCUAGUGAGAUGGCAGAGGAGCUUGAGUUGUCGAACGACGAUGUGGCGACAAUAGCAGAAUUGAUUGCCGACUUCAUUUCCAAACUCUCAACAAGCCAGAAAUAUUCUUUUGGGAGUUCCCCUGAAGUGAAUAACUCAUCCAACGAUUCGACUUUGAUAAUAGAAGAUCAUGUGAUUGGAGAACUAGGCAUUACAUCUUUGAAUCAAGGGAGUACAUCAGCCUCAAAUGUGGAGUGUAAAAAUGUUUUAAGAUCUCUUGGCAAUGAGUUAGAAUGCGCCAAAGGUCCCAAAAUCCGUGCUCUAAACAACAAUGAGGGUAGUCUUGGUGAUGUUGUGAUGAGUGACUGUACCAAAAAUUCAGGGAUCUCCUUUGAUAGCUCGCGAAAUGCCACAUCUAAUGAUUUCAUCUCUAGCCUCUCUUCUCUCUCUUUUAUCGACGGGGCAAAUAACAAAAAUCAAUUGCAGGAUCUCAAGUUGGAACUUGAUGCCAUCAAUAUGCAGUAUCAACAUUCUUGUCGUGAACUCUUGAGAAUGAGAGUGGAGGCAAUUGAAAAUGCUAGAAAGGAGUGGACUGGUAAAUAGAAAACAUGUACAUAGCUUUUUCCUUGCUAUAAAUCUUUUAUCUAGCAAGAGAAGUUCUAUUUUAUUUUUAGGGAAAUUGUGUGUUCUCUAUUUUGUUCUUAUUUUCUUCUUUUCAAACUACCCAACAUUGCUAAUGAAAUUGAUUGUUUGUAUAUGUGCUCCUAGUUGAGCCUCUGCAAGCUUAGUAUUUGCGUUUGA